GUCAGUCUAAUGUCUCUAAAUCCUUUAACAAUUGCGGAGCAUAUUGGCCAGCACCGUUCCUAACUUUUCACACCAAUAAACUGGCAUCUCUUUAUAUUCGGCUAGUCCUUGACGAUAGAUUUGACAAAAAAUCCAUUGGGUUCAGUGAUAAUAAUUCGCGGGGUGAUUACCAGUUUGGAUGGCAUAUUGUUCGGCUGGUAAACCAAAAGCGUCUCAGCCAAUUGGUAAAAGAACAUUAUAUCCGCGCAAGCGGUAAAAGCGAGCCAGCACGUCCGCAAUUGUAUAAUUACGUAUAUGUCCUACGUGCAAGCCACUCCCCGACGGAUAAGGAAACAUGGCUAAAAUAUACUUUCUGGGUUGAGAUUUAUCUAAUAAGUCGUGCUGGUAUUCUAAUGUUAAUCUGUGGUCGUAAUCUCUCACAUAUUUUUAUGGCUAAAGAAGAAUCAUGA